ACACCUCUCAAGCUACAUAAAAGAUAAGCGGCAAGACAAUAAUAGAGCCAGUGAAAAAUAAUUUUUUCAUCACACAUCGUGUAUAUUUAUCUGUUUCUUUUUUAAAACUUUUGAAUUAAUCCGACUGCCUUAAUUUAUAUAAAAAAUCGAAUCUUCCGACUUUAAGAAAAAUAGUUCGUCAAUAAUAUCAAAUUGAAUUAAUAUUAUUACAUAUACGCUGUACGCCUUAAAAAUGUCAACAAAACUGCCUCUCGUCACUAAUCUAAGCAGCAGGGUUAUUCGAAUUUUGGGCUGUAAUCCUGGCCCAAUGACCCUGCAAGGGACCAACUCUUAUCUAAUAGGAACGGGAAAGGAUCGGAUCUUGCUGGACACAAGUGACGAGGACAAAACCGAGUAUGUGGAUGAACUGCGAAAUAUUUUACAGAAACUGGACGUACGUGUAGAAACCGUUCUUUUGAGUCACUGGCACCAUGACCAUGUCGGCUGCAUCGAAGCAAUUCAAAAUGAUCAAAACAUUAAAGCUAACAGAGGUUGCAGUUUUUAUAAGAUGCCAAGAACCGACGUGGAUGAAGAGCAGGAGCUUUUUUCAGUCAAAAUUUCUCCUCUAAAAGACGGACAGAAGUUCCUCACUGAAGGCGCAACUCUAAGAGCGGUUUUUACUCCUGGCCACACAACAGAUCACACCGCCUUUUUGUUGGAAGAAGAAAAUGCAAUUUUCACUGCCGACUGUGUGCUUGGAGAAGGCACAACUGUGCUUGAAAAAUUAGCAGAUUACAUGAAGUCUUUGUAUAUUCUUAAGGACCUGAAAGCAGAAGUUCUUUAUCCAGGUCACGGCCCGCACAAUAAUGACCCUGAAGCACUUAUUGGCAAAUAUAUUUCCCACAGAGAAGGCAGAGAAAAGCAAAUUAUUGAAAGUUUGCAACGCUCGGACUUAACGAUUGAAGAAAUCGUCCGAACUGUUUAUGCCGGUCUGCCUGAAAAUCUAAUUUUGGCUGCCACUCAAAAUGUACACCAGCAUUUAGAGAAGCUAAUGGAGGAAGGGCUUGUCGUGGAAGUUGGAGAGAAAUAUCACCUCAAACAAAACAACAAACUGUGAUUACUUCGUCAUGCAAAAUUAUGGUAUCAGUUAUGUACUUUAUCCUUUAUUUUCAAAAAUUAAGACAAAUUAUUAUGCAUAUUUUACUUGUAAUGCAUGGGGUAAUGGUUUUGUAAAAAUAAAAACUUUGUGAUAUAAACCAGAAGGAGAAAUCAAUACACUUAUCU